CCCUCCGGCCUCCACUCGAGUCCACCGUCACACUCUCCCCUUGCCUACCUACUACUCCACCACCACCGCCACCGCCUCCGCGGCGCAGAGCCAUGGACGCAGAGCCCGGGUCCCCGACGUCGCCGACCGGCACCUCUUCUUCCUCUUCGUCAUCAUCCUCUAACUCCUCCGUGGCGGCGACGGCCAAGAAGCGGGCGCGCAAGGGGGACGACGGCAGGCACCCGACGUACCACGGCGUGCGCAUGCGCAGCUGGGGCAAGUGGGUGUCGGAGAUCAGGGAGCCCCGCAAGAAGUCCCGCAUCUGGCUGGGCACGUUCGCGACGGCGGAGAUGGCGGCGCGCGCGCACGACGUGGCGUCGCUGGCCAUCAAGGGCCGCGCCGCCGCGCACCUCAACUUCCCGGAGCUGGCGGACCUGCUCCCGCGCGCCGCCAGCGCCGCGCCCAGCGACGUCCAGGCGGCCGCCGCGCUCGCCGCGGCCGCCGACUUCCCCGCCGGAUGUGGCGGCGGCGAGGGCGGCGCCAAUGCCAAGAGCCCCGAGAGCGGGCUGUCCGAGGACGGCAGCGCCGCCGCCGCCGCCUCCCCGCCGGCGGCCACGCUGCAGGCCGAGAUGGAGCCCGGGCCGGUGCCGGACCCGGAGGACGCGCUGUUCGACCUCCCCGACCUGCUCCUGGACCUGAGAUACGAGUCCCCGUCCGGCCUGGCGUGCGCCCCGUCGUGGACCUUCGACGACGACCUGCUCGGCGGCGGCGCGUUCCGGCUCGAGGAGCCGCUGCUCUGGGAUUACUGAUCGAUCGUCAAUCAAUCAACGCCGCCGCGCGCAGAGUCCGGUUCCCGCGUGCGCGCACCUGCUUUUCUGUUUAGUCUUUGUCACCGCGCGCGUUAGUAAACAUCCCGCCGCCGGCCGCUGCGUUUCUCUCCGGCUUUCUUACCCGGUGGCUUUGGUUACUUUUUUUUUUAAUUUGUCGUUACUAGUAGAACUAGGAAGAAGGAAGGAGGGGCCUGUAUAAAGCUGUAGUUUCUUUUUGUUUUGGGUUGCUUGAUUUGGGGUACAAGAAUAAUAUGUUGUAUAAUUAAACAAGCAUAUUAUCUUA